UGAAUUAUUCGAAUAGUGUAGAAUAUUUUCAAUUACUUUAUUACGAUUAUUAUCACUCGUUGUAAAUCGUAAUUCAAACGAACGGAAAUUGGAACCCUAGCUGAACCCUUUCUUCCUCAUUCUCUCAUUCUUCCAUCACCAGCGACGAUGAGCGCCGCCGACGGAGAAGCUUUGGAUUUCGAGCCGGAGGAUGAUGACUUGAUGGACGAAGAUAAUGCUCCUGACGCCGAUGCAUCUCCUCCACAUCCCAAACUCAAAUCCGCCAUAACCGCUUCUUCAACUCUCUCCGCUCCUAAAAAGACCAAAGGUCGUGGUUUCCGUCAGGAUUCUGAUUCCGCCGCUAAUCGUACCUCUCGUCUCACUGGUUCUGAAUUUGAUACUCUUACUGCUGAGGGUGGUCCUGGACCUCAGAGAUCUAUUGAAGGAUGGAUUAUUUUGGUGACUGGUGUUCAUGAGGAAGCUCAAGAUGAUGAUUUGCAAAAUGCUUUUGGUGAAUAUGGAGAGAUUAAGAAUCUUCACUUGAAUCUUGAUCGCCGUACUGGUUUUGUCAAAGGUUAUGCACUGAUUGAAUAUGAGCGUUCUGAGGAAGCUCGGAAUGCAAUAGAGAAUCUGAAUGGAUCUGAGCUUCUUACGCAAACCAUUUAUGUUGAUUGGGCUUUCAGCAGUGGACCUAUUAACGAGUCAGUUAAAAGAAAGAAUGCCAGAGCACCUCAGCGGCGCUCCAGGAGCCCUCGGAGGAGAUAUACAUGAUGUCAGUUGUGUGAACCUUUAGAUGAGCGGUGUGAUUUCUGUUUGUCCUGUUGUGAAUGAUUUUUCCUAUACUUAUGCUCUGCUUACAUCAGGCAAAAUACAUAUUGGUUGUUAAGGAUUCUUAUCUUACAUCAUUUGUUAAAUGCCAUUGACCUAACUUCAAGUUCAUUAUGGUGUAUGAUGUUUUAACAUAUUAAUCUGUUUGAUUUAGUUGUUUUUUUGAUUAAUAUGUAAUGUAAUGACAUUGUGUUGAGGAAGGUAGGAUCUGUUUUGGAUUUCA